AUGGCUGCAAGGGGCAUCCGUGGCGCCAUGGGCACUGUGUCCCUCAUCCUCAUCGCCGGCGCGACUCUCCUGAUGCUCUUCGUCGUCCUCAGCGGAGUUCGCGAUCAUACCCCCCUCAACAAGUCGUACUUCCUGCGUGCAGAUACCUCUUCCUUCCCCGGAUCCGGCCGCCCAGAGUCCUAUUGGACCUUCUGGAAGACCUGCGCUACGCCCGGUGGAAGUUGCGGAGCCACGGUUCCGGCUAUGCCGUUUGGAUAUGCCUGGGUGGGCGGUACCGAGGGCGUUCCCACCGGUCUGGUCGGAAAACACGCCAAGGGCACCACCAGCACUUUCUACUACUACGCUUGGAGAUUCGGCUGGGUCUUCUAUCUGAUGGGUCUGGUGUCUACGGGUUUGACGCUCCUCCUCUCCGUCGCGGCCCCGUGCAGCCGCCUCGCGUCUGGAAUCUGUGGAGCUUCCCUCGCCAUCUCUCUGCUCUGGUUCUCCGUUGGCGCUUCUCUCAUGACCGCCACAUUUGUCAAGGCCCGCAACGAGUUCCGCGGUGCAGGUAUCUCCUCCUCCAUCGGCCGCUACGCUUUCGGCUUUACUUGGGGCGCCUGGGCCUGCAUAUUCCUCGCGACAAUCUUCCUCUUCCUCGGCUGCGGCGCCAGCACCAACCGCAAGGAGAGAUACAGCGUCGACGACAAUGUGCGCAACAGUACUAUAAGCCGCACCGGAGGACCGGGCGGCAGCAUCGCCUUCUGGAAACGCCAGCGUCACCCAAGCAAGCGCUCUACCCGGGGCUCGUUCAUCGACACCGAGAACCAGCACCGCGUCAAGGACGAGUACUAG